GCCUUUAUAAAUAUCGUCGCCCAAAGGCCCCUUAUCCGUCUCGUCUCGGAACAAGAGUUUUGUCGGCGCGAGCCCUAAUUUUAUUUCGAGCGCAGAAAUCAAAUCGAAGCAGAUCAAAUGGCGGAGGGAGUAGUGAUCGCAUGCCAUACCGUCGAUGAGUGGAAGCAGCAAAUCCAGAUCUCCUUGGAGUCCAAAAAGCUGGUGGCGGUUGAUUUUACUGCUUCAUGGUGCGGACCUUGCAGAUUUAUGGCUCCCGUCUUUGCUGAGUUAGCUAAAAAAUUCACAGAUGUUAUUUUUCUGAAGGUGGAUGUUGAUGAGUUGGAGCCCGUCUCACAGGAGUGGAAAGUAGAAGCAAUGCCAACUUUCAUUUUCAUCAAGGAGGGAAUCGAAGUGGACAGACUUGUUGGUGCCAAUAAAGAUGCAUUGCCGAAGAAAGUUGAAUUGCUCGCGGCAAUUUAAUGUUUGGAUCAUCUUGCUGCUUUGCGUCUUAUGGCUAUACCUACAUCCUUAAGAUUUUCAAUUACGAUCUAUGAAAUCCUUUAUGUUGUGGGUUGUUGUCUUAGUUUGCAAAACCUUCUGUGAUUUUAUUAGAAAAUAAAGACUUGAAGUGUUUGAAGCUAAA